UUUGCGGAGUCUAAAAUCAUGGAUGAAGUGACUGGAGCUCAGCUCAUCGCUGAGGCUUUGAAAACUCAGAAUGUGGAGUUCAUGUUCGGUGUGGUUGGUGUGCCGAUCAUCGAAGUCGCUAUGGCAGCUCAGGCUGCCGGUGUAAAGUAUGUCGGCAUGCGAAACGAACAGGCGGCUUGUUAUGCUGCGUCCGCGGUGGGCUAUCUGACAGGACGGCCAGCUGUGUGCCUGGUGGUGUCUGGACCAGGUCUGAUCCACGCGCUGGGUGGAAUGGCCAACGCUAACAUGAACUGCUGGCCCGUUCUGGUCAUUGGAGGUUCUUCAGAUCGGAACCAGGAGACCACAGGAGCUUUUCAAGAGUUUCCCCAGGUGGAAGCCUGUCGACUAUACAGUAAGUUUUCUGCGCGGCCCAGCAGUCUGUCUGCCAUACCCAGCGUCAUCGAAAAGGCCGUACGGAGCAGCAUCUACGGCCGUCCAGGUGCCUGUUAUGUCGACAUCCCAGGGGACAUGGUCAACGCUCGGGUGGAGAGAAACCGCGUCAGAGAGGUUUCGUGCUGUCCUCCGCCUCCUGUGAGUCUUGCAGAGGUCAGUGCCGUUACUCAAGCUCUGAAUGUGCUGAAAACAGCCAAAUGCCCACUGCUCAUCAUUGGCAAAGGUGCAGCGUAUGGUCGGGCGGAGGCAGGGUUGCGGGAGUUGGUGGAGCUGAGCGGACUGCCCUUCCUGCCUACACCCAUGGGGAAGGGGGUGCUGCCCGACAACCACCCGCAGUGUGUAGCAGCUGCCAGGUCCAGGGCUCUCCUACAGGCUGAUGUGGUGGUGUUGUUGGGGGCCAGACUUAACUGGAUGCUCCAUUUCGGUUUUCCUCCCAGAUUCAGUCCUAAUGUCAAAGUCAUUCAGGUAGAUCUGUGUCCUGAGGAGAUGGGGAACAAUGUGAGACCUGUUGCUGCUCUUUUGGGAGACAUACGAGCUAUAGUCACACAGCAGUUGCUGGAGAUUUUGAGAGCAGACCAGUGGAGAUACCCGUCUGACACAGCGUGGUGGAGUACACUCAGAGAGAAAAUGGCCUCCAACGCAAAGAUAUCCAAGACUCUAGCUGCACAGUCUGCUGUCCCCAUGAAUUACUACACAGUGUUCCACCACAUGGCCCGGCUCUUACCCACAGACUGUGUCAUUGUGAGCGAAGGGGCCAAUACCAUGGACAUCGGCCGCACUAUGAUUCACAACUACCUGCCCCGACACAGGUUGGAUGCAGGUACAUUUGGCACCAUGGGCGUGGGCCUGGGUUUCGCCAUCGCGGCUGCCAUGCUGGAGAGGGACAAACAAACACCCCAGAGGGUGGUGUGUGUGGAGGGAGACAGCGCCUUUGGAUUUUCAGGAAUGGAGGUGGAGACCAUGUGCAGGUAUAAACUUCCCGUUAUCAUCAUUGUCAUCAACAACAACGGAAUCUACAGUGGCCUGGACUCCGACACGUGGAGAGAGAUGGAGAGAGCAGGAGAUAUGACCACUCUAGCUCCUCCAGUGACUCUCCUCCCUGACGCGCGGUAUGAGGAGGUGAUGACUGCCUUUGGAGGAGGUGGCUUUCUGGUGCGCACUCCGGAGGAGUUACGCAGCGCACUGCAGGAGAGCCUGAACAACACACACACACCCUCCCUCAUCAAUGUCCUCAUAGAGCCCUCAUCAGACCGCAAGCAGCAGGAGUUUCCCUGGCUGACUCGCUCAAACUUGUAGACUGAGAGCUGGACUUCCAGGAGUGUGAGAUGGAAUGACUCUCUCCAUCUGUCCAUCUGUCUGUACUUCAUCCACGUGCAGCGUCCCAAUCUGCUGUCGCGUGUCUGUCUCCUGCCUGCGUGUCUGUCUCCUGCCUGCGUGUCUGUCUCCUGCCGCAUGUCUGUCUGCUGUCGCGUGUCUGUCUCCUGGCGCGUGU